CGACCAAGCAGUCUCGUCCUUCCGUCACAGACCAAACGAACGCACCAGAUCCACUCCACUCUUCUCCUCCAGCUCACGUUAGCCAUCACCACUAUCCCGUCUCACCAAUAGUAUAAUACUCUUGCCUAUUAAACUUCCGGCACCUUAGACUCCGGAGACGACAAUCCCUCUCUAUCGCACCUUGUGCUAACUUGCGCUGGUCUGUGGUGAUCCGAAUCUAGCCGUCGAUCACCACUCGGUCCCGCCCCCACCGUUUUGAUCCUGGAAGUUCAGUAAUUUUUAGGAAGAAACGCGUAUGAUCUCAAGUCAUCGCUUGCCGUUUAUGGAUGGAGGCUAUCAUGCGCAUAUCGGGAAAAUGGAGACUUGUUUGAAAUUGCUUCUCAAGUCGGGUGGUCUGUGUGCGUAUGCGUAAAUGAGUUUUCCGAUCCGAACCCUAAACCUAACUUCGCUUCCGAUUGGGUUCAGGGGCGGGAGGUUCCCCAUGAAGGUUUUCUAGUAUUAUAUGUGAAUCUCUGAGCUUCGUUUGUGUGAAGUGGAGACUGUGGAGUAGGAAUUUUUUCAUGAUGGAUUGUAAUGGUGAGAUUAAUUUUAGUAAGAACUGUGGUGCUGUCAGUAAUAGCAAAGGACGUGAUGGGUUCAUUGAUAGGAGCAAAGUCAGGAUUCUGCUCUGUGAUAGUGAUGCUAAGAGUGCGGAGGAGGUCUGCAAGCUCCUUUUGAAGUGCUGUUAUCAGGUAACUUCAGUGAGAUCAGCUAGACAGGUGAUUGAUGCACUGAAUGCCGAGGGAUCUGAUAUUGAUAUCAUACUUGCUGAAGUUGACCUUCCGAUGACCAAGGGCUUUAAAAUGUUGAAGUAUAUUGCAAGGGAUAAAGACUGGCGACGCAUUCCUGUGAUAAUGAUGUCAUCACAGGAUGAGGUUUCAAUCGUUGUCAAGUGCUUGAGGCUUGGUGCUGCUGAUUAUCUGGUUAAACCUCUGCGCACCAAUGAGCUGUUGAACCUGUGGACACACAUGUGGAGACGAAGGCACAUGCUUGGACUAGCAGAGAAGAAUAUCUUGAAUUAUGACUUUGAUUUAGUGGCAUCAGAUCCCAGUGAUGCUAAUACGAACAGCACCACUCUUUUCUCAGAUGAUACCGAUGACAAGUCUCGUAGGAGUACCAAUCCAGAGAUGGGGAUGCCAAUUCAUCAGGAAGAUGAGAUUGCUGCUGGUACUGCCGCUGCUACUGCAGCUGUUGAGCAUCUAUACUCUGGCUUGGUGGAGAAUCAACUAGAUGCACCAGUUGUUGGUGUCUGUCGAAAAGAGCAACUACCAUCUGUUCCAAAGAAGAGUGAAUUGAAAAUUGGUGAAUCUUCAGCCUUCUUUACGUAUGUUAAAUCAAGCAUACUCGGGACUAGUUCCCAAAAAGUUACCCAGAAUGAUGAAAACAGUGCUCAGCAUUCAGGGAAAGAAGAAAAAUUACAAAAAGGUGGUCAGCAGGUGAUAAGUGAAGCCCCAAUGCAUGAAAAUGGAGAUGUGUGGGAAACCUAUUCUCAAGGAGAUGACUUCCAUAGUGGUAUCAGCAUCCCAGAUUCUCUUUCUAUGGAGAGAUCUUGCACUCCAACAAUGUCAAGAGAAUUUUCACAAGGGAAUUGCAAUGGAGAAAUUUUCCCUCAGGGCCUUGCACAUUCAAGAAAUGAACACCAACUCGAUAAUUCUGGUUUAUCUGAACAGACACCUUAUCCCUAUUAUAUGUCAAGGAUUGUAAAUCAAGUUAUGAUGCCGUCAUCAGCAAAGAUGUAUCACGAGAAUGUAAAUCAGGUUAUGAUGCCGUUAUCAGCACAAAGGUAUCAAGAGAAUGCACAUGACCAACAGAAUAAUGUGACCGCCUCUAUGCUACCUCAUUACAGUCAUCUUCCACAAUGCCCUCCUCAUGUUUCGGGGAUGGCAUCAUUUCCUUAUUACCCAGUUAGUAUAUGCCUACAACAGAGUCAGGUGCCUGCUACUCAUUCAUGGUCAUCCCUUGGGAACUCAAAUUCUGCUGAGGUUAAACUAAAUAAAGUUGACAGAAGAGAGGCAGCACUGAUAAAGUUUAGGCAGAAAAGAAAGGAGCGGUGUUUUGACAAGAAGAUAAGGUAUGUGAAUCGAAAGCGACUUGCUGAAAGAAGGCCUCGAGUACGAGGACAGUUUGUGAGGAAGGUAAAUGGUGUGAAUGUGGAUCUUAAUGGGGAUCCUGCUCCUGCUGAUUAUGAAGAUGAUGAAGAUGAGGAGCGCAAUGCAUUAAAAGAUUCUUCUCCGGAGGAUGAUGCAUCGGGAUCUUAGUGUCUUUUAAGUUGCUGGUUCAUGAGGAAGGUACUUUUCUCCCAUUUCAUCUGGUACUGGUAGUUAAAGCUGUUCAAGAGUUUGUGUGUUGAUAGUUGUUCCCUAUGUGGAUGGAUGAGAACUUUGUUCUCCACUGAUCCAUCGAAGUAUGAGAUUCGGUGUUGUGAGGACAUAAACAUUGGUGAGAUCAAGUGUGGAGACAUCUGGUAUUUCAAAUGAGGGCACCUUUCCCCAAUUCGAUGCUGGUAUAUCCGCUUGUUAUGUGAGAAGCAAGAUCGUCUCUCCAGAGUUUUAUUGUUAUAUUAUCUCUGUGCUCGAAGUCUGGAAGUUCCAUAUAUUUGCAUUGUCAUAUUCUUUCCAGGACAUGUUAAAACUUUCAAUUAUAUUCUCAAAGAGAAGGUGAUCAUGUAGGA